AUAGAUGGAAUCCCUGCACGAAAAGGCACUGAGAUUGGCUACGGUUCCCGCCGCUGCAAUCACCAUUAACCUACCCAUCACCAUAGAUGCAACCGCAGUCGAGCAGGCAGGAUUGAGAUCGAUGUUGCUGUUGAAACGGUAUAUUAGGUAUGCGUGCCCGUAGCCACUUGACGUCAAUGCUUGCCAUUCAGUGAGUUCCAAUUCAACCAGUUCAGCCUCGUUCGUGUAGCAUGAACAAGUAUCGUAAUCAGCGUCGCACUCUCCGACACAAUUCAGGGCAUUUUGACGAGCUUGGAGCAAGGUUCCGGCGGCUGGAGAGCCCUCGGUUAUGGCAAGCAGCGAAGCGAGUAGCAUCAACGCGGUUGCGGUGCAAUGCAUUCUGGCGGGCGAUAGCUGGAUUCAGAGUCGGACAAGAUCAGAUGACAACCGUUCUUUGGUCGAUCACAGAAAUUGAGAAAAUCGGGAGACCGCAUGGUCGGCGAUGUGGACGAUAUAUGCAUGUUGAAGGCUCGCUCAUCGCAACUCUCCCACCUUCAGGCAGCAGGUUGUUCAAAGGCCUUUGCGUCACUGCGGCGGUUUCGAUGUGUUCUUUGUCGGUGCAUUUGCCCCUGUGGAACAGCGGCGCGUGCGCCACGGGAGGUCCGGUUUUCGCUGGGUAACACAAGAUGCGAUUUCGGAUGAGUGAAGGG